ACUUUAGAGAUCACGUCUUUGACAUUCCCAAAAUGGAACAUGACAUGGGAAAACACUGUGACAGGCGAAGAUGAAGAAGAUACAACUACCGCUACUGGAUUCUUUGGAGGAGAAACAUUACCAUCUGGUGACAACACCAUCCAGCAGAAUGAGACCACAGAGACUGUGACCUACAGCGCCUUCACAGACACAAACACUACCCAGUACAUUCAAUUGGAUAACGUGACUGAAAUGAGCCAAAGCAGAACUGCAGGAUUUGAAGCCUUUAAAGGAAAGUCAAAUAGCACUGUAAUCCUGAUUCUGGUGUCGCUGAUGAUCUGCGUGUUGCUGGUCACUGUACAUCUCUUUGUCAUGAAGCUGAAAAAGGCUCAUGAAGCCUGGAAGAAAGAGAAUGAAAAUUCGGAUCAGACUUUGGAGAGCAACAAAUCCAGAUCGAAUAAUGAAGACGCUCCAGGUCAAGCAAGGAAUGGUCAAGCAGCCACCAAUCAAAAUGGAUCUGGAAUUAAGUACAACAACCAGGUUUCUGUGUGA